AUGGAGCUUACGAAAGUCCCAAUUCUGGGCAAAGAGGUUAUCCAUGUCGGGUUCAAUAUCGCGGAACACAUCGCGAAUACUAUUGUUAAAGAUUGUCCUUCGUCGACUUACGUGGUUAUCAGCGACACUAAUGUGGAAAAGGUGCCAUACUACCGUGACGUGGUCGAGACCCUAAGUUCAAGACUCACAAAGGGCUCUAGAUUGCUGAAAUACUCAGUGAAGCCUGGCGAGGCGCACAAAACUCGUGAACAGAAAGCUGCCAUUGAGGACUAUUUGCUCAUGGAAGGUUGCACUAGAGACACCGUGGUUGUUGCCAUUGGUGGCGGAAUCAUUGGCGACAUGAUAGGGUUCGUGGCUGCCACGUUCAUGAGAGGUGUCCGCGUUGUUCAAGUCCCAACCUCGUUGUUGGCCAUGGUCGACUCUUCAAUCGGCGGUAAAACUGCGGUUGACACUCCACUGGGGAAGAACUUUGUUGGUGCUUUCUGGCAACCUCAGUUUGUGUUUGUUGACAUCAAGUGGCUCGAGACGUUGCCAAAAAGAGAGUUCAUUAACGGUAUUGCCGAAGUCAUUAAGACUGCUGCUAUUUGGAAUGCUGAAGAGUUUGCGCGUCUGGAAGACAAUGCCGACAGCUUCUUGCAAGUUGUGAAUGGAUUCAAAACCACCAAGGUCUCCGUUGCAGGUCAAGUCCACCAGCUCUCGAUCACAAAUAUCGAAUCCAUUCUAGAUCACGUUUUUAAGCUGGUUUUAGAGAGUAUUAAAGUCAAAGCGCACGUUGUGUCUUCUGAUGAACGUGAGUCUGGCCUAAGAAAUUUGCUUAACUUUGGCCACACCAUUGGACAUGCUUACGAAGCCAUUUUGACACCACAAGCACUUCAUGGUGAAUGUGUUUCGAUCGGUAUGAUCAAAGAAGCAGAGUUGUCACGCUAUUUAAACAUCUUGUCUCCAACACAAGUUGCCCGUUUAACUAAAAUUCUAGCUGCUUACGGUCUUCCUAUUUCUCCAGAUCAAAAAUGGUUUCAGGAGUUGACUUUACACAAAAAAACUCCAUUGAAUGUGUUACUUCAGAAAAUGAGUAUUGAUAAGAAAAACGAUGGCUCUAAGAAAAAAGCUGUUCUCCUUGAAACCAUCGGAAAGUGCUAUGGUACCUCAGCGCAUUAUGUUUCCGAUCAAGAUUUAAGAUUUGUGUUAACUGACGAAGUUUUGGUCCACCCAUUCAAGACUUUAGAAAAUGGUCAAGCCAAGACCAUCAUUCCACCUGGAUCUAAAUCCAUUUCUAAUCGUGCGUUAGUUCUGGCUGCUCUAGGUGAGGGUACUUGUAAGAUAAAGAACUUGCUUCACUCCGAUGAUACCAAACAUAUGUUGGCAGCUGUCCAACAACUGAAAGGUGCUUCGAUCUCAUGGGAAGAUAAUGGAGAGACUGUUGUUGUAGAGGGGCAUGGAGGAAAGACAUUAGAAGCGACUUCUGAACCUCUUUACCUGGGGAAUGCUGGUACGGCUUCUAGAUUCUUAACAUCUGUUGCCGCACUAGUUAAGUCGACAUCGAAUCAAAAAAGUGUAGUUCUCACUGGUAACGCCAGAAUGCAAGAAAGACCUGUUGGUCCAUUGGUGGACUCUUUGAAAGAGAAUGGUACCAAGAUUACUUAUUUGAACAAAGAAGGCUCCCUUCCUUUGAAAAUUGAUACAGACUCCCAUUUCAGGGGUGGAAGGAUCGAGCUGGCCGCCACCGUCUCUUCUCAGUAUGUCUCAUCAAUCCUCAUGUGCGCUCCAUACGCCGAUGAGCCCGUCACGCUAUCCUUGGUGGGCGGCAAACCUAUUUCGAAGCUUUACAUUGACAUGACCAUUAAAAUGAUGGAAAAAUUCGGCAUCGAAGUCAAGCCUUCCACUACCGAGCCUCACACGUACCAUAUACCGAAAGGCAUUUAUGUCAAUCCUUCUGAGUACGUCAUCGAAAGUGACGCUUCAUCCGCUACGUACCCACUAGCGUAUGCUGCUAUGACUGGAACGACAGUCACUGUUCCUAAUAUUGGAUUUGAAUCAUUGCAAGGUGACGCCAGGUUUGCGCGUGAUGUGUUAAGGCCUAUGGGCUGUGUUGUCACACAAAGUGAAACAUCUACUACCGUGACGGGACCUGCGGUCGGAUCAUUGAAGCCCUUGAAGCACGUCGAUAUGGAGCCAAUGACGGACGCGUUUUUAACUGCCUGUGUCGUGGCAGCUGUUGCUCAUGAUAACGAAAAAGGAACUUGCAAUGUUACAACCAUCGAAGGUAUCGCCAACCAACGUGUCAAAGAGUGUAAUAGAAUUUUGGCCAUGGUUACAGAAUUGGCCAAAUUUGGGGUCAAAGCCAACGAAUUGCCUGAUGGUAUCCAGGUUCAUGGCCUCAAUUCGUUAAGUGAAUUGAAAGUUCCCGAAUCUAUUGACUCAUAUGAUGACCAUCGAGUUGCGAUGAGUUUCUCACUUUUGGCAGGUAUGGUCCCAUCCAGUAAGGAUGAUGCUGCUAAGAUGACUAGAAUUUUGGAAAGACAUUGUACCGGUAAAACCUGGCCUGGCUGGUGGGACAUUUUACACACCGAAUUAGGCGCCACUUUGGAUGGUGAUGAACCAUUGGCGAGUGUUGUGAAAAGUGCCAGCAACAGUAUUGUCAUAAUAGGUAUGAGAGCAGCUGGAAAAUCCACCGUAAGCAGUUGGUGUGCCAACGCUUUAGGUUACAAGUUCCUGGACCUUGACAUCGUUUUCGAAGAACAAUAUGGGAAGGGCACUGUUAAGGAUUUCGUUGCCAAAGAAGGGUGGGAAGCUUUCCGCGCAAUGGAAGCUCGGAUCUUUAAAGAAACUGUCGCAAAAUGUGGCCAAGGUUAUGUGCUGUCAACUGGGGGAGGGAUUGUUGAAAGCCCAGAAUCCAGAAGAGCUUUGAAAGAGUUUGCUAGCCAUGAUGGAAUUGUGUUGCAUUUAAACCGCGAUAUUGACGAGACAAUAAAUUUCUUACGGAGUGACCCUACAAGGCCUGCAUAUGUUGAAGAGAUCAGAGACGUAUGGGAAAGAAGGGAACAGUGGUAUCACAGUUGUGCUAAUUUCAUUUUCUUUGCACCACACUGUGGCAAUGGUGCUGAGUUUAGUCAAUUACGGAAAGUAUUCGAAACCUACAUUCUCACAAUAACGGGCAAACACAAAGUUUCGGUUCCAACUACUAGAUCCGCGUUUGUCUGCUUGACCUUUGACGACCUAAAUGAUCAUAAAGAUAAGCUCGUCGAUAUUACUUAUGGUUGUGACGCAGUCGAAAUUCGCGUUGACCACUUGAAGAGUUAUGAUCUGUCCUUUGUUACCAAACAAUUGAGCUUGUUACGUACCGUAACAAAUUCUUUACCUAUUAUCUUCACGGUCAGAACUAAAAGUCAGGGUGGUCGUUUCCCUGAUGAAAAUCAGACAGAGCUCUUUGAUUUAUUAAUGCUUGCAUUGAAGGUAGGUGUCGAGUUCAUUGAUCUUGAAUUAACUUUGCCCACGGAACUACAAUACAAAAUCGUGAACAACAAGAAAAACACUAAGAUCAUUGGUUCGCACCACGACUUCGAUGCCAAAUUCAAUUGGGAGGACUCGGAGUGGGAAAACAGAUACAACCAGUCUCUUUCUUUGGACGUCGAUGUUGUCAAAUUUGUGGGAACAGCCACAUCAUUUGAGGAUAACAUCAAAUUGGAACAUUUCAGAUCGACCCACGUCAGCAAGCCCUUGAUUGCUAUAAAUAUGACCGAGACAGGCAAGAUGUCCAGAGUGAUGAACACAGUUCUCACACCAGUAACCUCGACCUUAUUGCCAUCAGCUUCAGCGCCUGGGCAAUUAACAUUGGCCCAGAUUAACCAAAUCUACGCGUCCCUGGGGGGCCUCUCUAACAAAGAGUUUCAUCUCGUCGGAACACCUUUGGGACACUCCAGGUCUCCAAUUUUGCACAACACAGGCUUCAAAAUAUUAGGUUUGCCCUAUACUUUCAGCAAACACGAAACUGCCUCUGCAGCUGAAGUGAAAGAAAAGCUUCUCUCGAAGUCUUCCCUCGGUGGUCUUGCCGUUACCAUUCCGCUAAAGUUGGACAUCAUAAAUUACAUGGAUGAGCUUGCUGAAUCGGCCAAGUUAAUUGGUGCUGUAAACACUGUGAUUCCGCUAUCAGACGGUAGGCUCAGAGGUGAUAAUACCGAUUGGCUUGGCAUUCGCAACUCAUUUAUAGCCAAUGGCGUUCCUGAAAAUGUUGGAGCGACAGCGGGUAUUGUUAUUGGUGCGGGCGGCACCGCUAGAGCAGCCAUAUAUGCGCUACACAAGCUAGGUUGUUCCACCAUCUAUAGCGUCAACAGGACGACGGAGAAAUCACACCAAAUGAAGGCGGAAUUCCCAUCGGAAUACAACAUUGAGGUUUUAGAAACUUGCGAGCAAAUAGAAAAUUUGUCACAGGACAACAUUGCACUUGCCGUCAGUUGUGUGCCAGCUGACAAGCCUUUGGACGAUGCACUACUCGCCAAGAUUGAGAAACUGUUGGCUAAGACGAAAGACGCAAAAUUUGCUCCAAGUCUAAUCGAAGCAGCUUACAAGCCAAGUGUGACCCCAAUCAUGAAAAUCGCUGAAUCAAAAUUCCAGUGGCAGGUAAUUCCAGGUGCGCAAAUGCUGGUGCACCAAGGUGUUGCUCAAUUCAAGUUGUGGACAGGGUUCAGAGCACCCUUCAAAGCUGUAUUCCAAGCUGUCACAGAGCAGUAG